ACAAAGACACUGGCUUUGGAAGAAAAGCACAGUGGGAAGGAAGUCGUGAAAUCGGAAGAGGCAUGGAGAGUAUUGAAGAAUGUAGUGAUUAUGAGUAUCGCCUUCAUGGUGCAGUUCACAGCAUAUAGUGGUGCAGCGAAUCUACAAAGCUCUAUCAAUGCAGAAGCAGGUUUAGGCACUGCAUCUCUUGCAGCUGUUUAUGCGGGGCUCAUAUUUUCUAACAUAUUUCUUCCGGUUUUAGUUAUUAAAUGGCUGGGAACAAAAUGGGCGAUUUCUCUCUCAUUCAUCACAUACAUGCCAUACAUAGCUUCUCAACUCUAUCCGAGGUUUUACACGUUGAUUCCAGCUGGCCUUAUUGUCGGGUUAGGUGGAGGACCUCUUUGGUGUGCAAAGUGUACGUAUAUCACUGUGCUUUCAGAAUACCACAGUAAGAUUUCCAAUAUCCCGGCUGAAGCUCUACUAGCACGCUUCUUUGGAUUGUUCUUCAUGAUUUUCCAAAUGAACCAAGUUUGGGGUAACCUUAUAUCUUCUAUAGUAUUGUCGACUGGGGACAACAAAGCAGCAGUGACAGCCGUGAACGCGUCUGCAAUUCCAUAUGUAUGUGGUGCCAACUUUUUGCCUAAUGAUGAUGCCGAUGAUGUGCUGUUAGCUCAGCCACACGAGAAGAUCGAGAUGCUCGUAGGUAUUUAUUUGGCAUGUAUGGCCGCGGCAGCUUUCAUCGUUGCUGUAGGAGUUGAUUCUAUGAAAAGAUAUGAUAUAGGAAGACCAAGUUCUGGCUCAGGUCUAUCAGGGUUUGCAUUACUGGUAGUCACAUUGAGACUAAUGUUUCAUCCCAAACAACUAUUGAUGGUUAUUAUGAACAUAUUUGUAGGCUACCAACAGGCGUAUUUUGGUGCUGAUUUCACAGCGGCAUUCGUCUCAUGUAUCAUUGGUACGGGGGCAGUUGGAUUCGUGAUGAUGACUUAUGGUUUAGCUGAUGCCAUUGGUUGUAUACUCACGGGAUACAUAGCCAAAUUUACAGGCCGGGUGGCGCUUAUUUGCAGCGCAACGGCGAUAAACACAGCUAUGUUUAUAACAAUACUAUUAUGGAGGCCGCAGGCUCACUUAAGUUACACGCUGUACGUUUUUGCUGUUAUCUGGGGGCUCUGCGACUCCGUAUGGAUGGUGCAACUUAAUGCUUUUGUUGGCACGCUCUUUCCUGGCCAAGAAGAAGCAGCCUACGCUAAUUUCAGGCUCUGGGAAUCAGUCGGUUACAUUAUCGCGUACGUCAUCUCUCCUUAUCUUCGCAUUAGUGAAAAGACCUACCUCCUUCUUGUCAUGAUGUUCGUAGGAGUUUUCUUGUUUUUCAUUGUAGAAUUCAAAGAAAGUAGGAAUCGGAAUUGCCUUGUGAUUAAUAACGACUGUGAUAAGGAGUCAAAACUUAAAGAUAAGUCCUACAAAGGAAAUGAUAAUCCGGCUUUCCAAAAUUCGUAACUAGGAUAUUGAUUUUUAGAUGAAAAUAAUUUAAUAACUACCUAAAACCGGUAACUGAUGGAAUGUUAAAAGGGAUUAAACUAACCGUUACGUGUUCUAGAAACACGUACAAAUCAUCACUCCUGUUUUCCAGAGAUUACGGACCUACGCUCCUGACAAACCUUCUUCGCCUCCUCCACUCCCGUCAGUGUCUUCAUAUAUGCCCGUUUAUUCUUGGUAUUUCUAACUCGGCCUUCUAUGAGAUAUAUACGCCGAGGUCUACUUCUCCCCACGGCUCCACAUUCGCUCUAUAAACUUGUGCCGUCAAUCCACCAACCUUAAUUCUUUAAAAAUUGUGAGUGAAAACACAGCUGUGCAUUAGAUACGUCCUGUAGCUCUAAAACACUGCAGUGCUACAAUCGUUAGGGACACUGUGUUUCUAGGCUGCGUGACGGGUUAAGUUUUUUAUUUUAUUUAAUUCCCCUUUCUAAUAAUUUUAUUUACAUACAACGUUACCAGUAAUUAUAUAUAUAUAUAUAUAUACACACACACAUACGAAAAUAAUGUCUUCUACCAUACAAUAAGUUUACCAGUAAUUAUAUAUAUACAUAUAUAUACACACACAUACGAAAAUAAUGUCUUCUACCAUACAAUAAGUAUA